AAACUUCGGCGUCAUUUUUGCAAUUCGACCCUUACAUUCCGGAUUUCUCUCAAAAGAUGUAUCAUAGUUUCUUUCGUACAUAACUACUUUCCGGGAAAAUUAAAAUCGUAAUUAUCCGAAACCUUUGAGGGAGAGAAUGGGAAGCAGCGACGAGAUGCCAGUUGUUCUCAUCACGGGAUGCUCUAAAGGAGGAAUCGGACACGCGCUGGCUCGUGAGUUCUCAGCGAAUGGUUGUCGAGUGGUGGCGACGAGUCGAUCGCAGAGCACGAUGGUUGAUUUGGAGAAAGAUACCAAGUUCUUUGUACAAGAGCUCGAUGUUCAGUCGGAACAGAGCGUGAGUAAAGUUGUGUCGGAAGUUAUCGACAAGUAUGGUCAGAUCGAUGUUCUGGUCAAUAACGCCGGAGUUCAAUGUAUCGGACCACUUGCAGAGAUUCCAAUUCAGGCGAUGGAAAACACCUUCAACACAAAUGUGUUCGGUUCAAUAAGGAUGACUCAAGCUGUUGUACCUCACAUGGCGUCUAAAAGAAAGGGAAAGAUUGUGAACAUAGGAAGUAUCAGCAUCCUGGCACCAGGACCAUGGUCAGGGGUUUAUACUGCAUCUAAAGCUGCUCUUCAUGCUCUUACCGAUACAUUUAGGUUGGAGCUUAGGCCAUUUGGGAUUGAUGUAAUCAACAUUGUCCCAGGAGGUAUUCAAUCAAACAUAGCCGACUCAGCGAUAACGAGCUUCAACAACUUACCUGAGCUGAAACUAUACAAACCCUUCCAGGAAUCUAUCCGUCAAAGGGCGUUUUUAUCGCAAAACAUAAAACCAACACCUGCGGAGACAUUUGCUAAAGAGACUGUAUCGGUGGUGCUGAAGAAAACCCCACCGGCUUGGUUCUCUACAGGACGGUUGUCCACCGUCAUGGCGAUCAUGCACCAUAUGCCCAUUUUCGUCAAAGAUUUUCUCCUGACGAGGAGCUUUAUGAAAAUGGGAGCAAAGACUGAGUAGUAGUAGUAGUCACCGUUUUUUUUUUAAAAGAAACUGGUGUAAUGUAUUUAACAAGUAAAAAUUGUCGCAUAACCCAUGUUUAUAAAUUUGAAAGUAAUAGUAAUCGGCCCAUAGCCCAACAUAGGCCUGAUUUAAGAUUC